CCCAUCAGCAGGGGAUCGCGGUCCUGGAGAAGGAGCUGGCCCAGCUGAAGCUGCAGGACAUCUCGGGGGACUUUCGCAUCCGGCACGUGGGGAAGGUGCACUAUGAGCUCUCCAGCUUGCACCUUCGAGGUUUCCACUUGCCGUACUCACGGAUCUCCCUGGUCCCCAGCGUUGGGCUGCAGGUCUCCAUCUCCAACGCCUUCGCCGAGGUGGACGGGAACUGGCGGGUGAAGCUACACUUCGUCCGGGACCACGGUUCGUUUGACCUGAAGGUGGAGAAUGUCUACAUCAAAAUCAGCCUGAAGCUGGGCAGCGACGCCUCCGGGAAGCCCACCAUUGACACCUCCGACUGCAGCACCCGCAUCUCCCAAGUCCGAGUACGCUUUUCGGGCAAGUUUGGAUGGCUUUACAACCUCUUCCACAGCGCUAUUGAGUCCACCUUCCGGAAGGUCUUGGAGAGCAAGGUCUGUGAGACCGUGGCUAAUUCUGUGCGCAGCGACCUCCAGCCUUACCUCCGGACCCUGCCAGUCACAGCCAGGAUAGAUGCCAUGGCUGGGAUCGAUUACUCCUUGGUGGCACCCCCAGCCGCUACUGCCCAGUCCCUGGAUGUGGACCUGAAGGGCGAAUUCUUCUCCCUGGCCCACCGCUCCGCCGCCCCCUUCCCUCCGCUGCCGCUGGCCUUGCCCCCAGAUCACGACCGCAUGGUUUACUUCGGGGCCUCCAGCUACUUCUUCAACACCGCCAGCUUUGCCUACCACGCAGCCGGGGCGCUGGUCUUCGAGAUCACAGACGCCAUGAUCCCGAAGGGCGUUGACUUCCACUUGAACACCUCCACCUUCUCAGCCUUCGUUCCCCAGCUCGAGAAGAUGUACCCGGACAUGCUGAUGAAGCUCAGGCUGUCUGCCCCCUCCGCCCCGUUCCUGAACAUCGGACCAGGGGGGCUCUUACUCCGGCCCGUCGUGGAUGGCCCGGUUCCCAACUCCAGCCUGGCUCCUCUCUUCCUCCUCGGCCUGACGGGCAACGUGUCCGCUGUCAUCGACGUGAAAUCCGGCCACGUAGUUGGGAGCCUGAAGGUGGGCAGGAUGAAGCUCUCUCUGAAGCAAUCGGAUGUCGGCACUUUCCAGGUGCGAACGCUGCAGUCCAUAAUGAACAUCUUUGCUUCCAGUAUCCUGCUCCCGCGUCUUAAUGCCAGGUUAGAUCAGGGUUUCCCUCUGCCGCUGCCGGACAGAAUACAGCUCUCCAAAAUCCUCGUGCAGUUCCACCAGGCAGAUGUGAUUCUCCUUGUCACCUGUUCCGUGAGGGAGAAGGCAGAGCAGGCUAUCUGGAACCGCCUGCGGCACCUCAAGGCGCUGAAAGCCCGGCGGCAGCAGGGUCGCUUACCUCUCCGCGUCGGGAUUCUAGGCUGCAUGGCGGAGAGGCUCAAGGAGGAGAUUCUGCACAGGGAGAAGCUAGUCGAUGUUGUGGCAGGCCCCGACGCGUAUCGUGACCUUCCCCGGCUGCUGGCCGUGGCAGGGUCUGGCCAGCAAGCUGCUAACGUCCUGCUGUCGCUAGAUGAGACUUAUGCGGAUAUUCUGCCUGUCCAGACUAGCGCAGGUGGCACGACGGCGUUUGUAUCUGUCAUGCGGGGCUGUGACAACAUGUGUAGCUACUGCAUCGUGCCCUUCACCCGUGGCCGUGAAAGGAGCCGCCCCAUUGCGUCCAUCCUGCAGGAAGUGAGGAUGCUCUCGGAUCAGGGAGUGAAAGAAGUGACCCUUUUGGGUCAGAACGUCAACAGCUUUCGAGAUAUGUCCGAGGUGCAGUUUCAGUCGGCUGCUGCCCCAGUCCUCAGUCGUGGCUUUAGCACAGUCUACAAAGCUAAACCAGGAGGCUUGCGCUUUGCACAUCUGCUAGACCAGGUUUCUAGAAUUGAUCCAGAAAUGAGGAUCCGUUUCACCUCGCCACACCCCAAGGAUUUUCCCGAUGAGGUCCUGCAGCUUAUCCAGGAGCGACACAACAUCUGCAAACAGCUUCACCUCCCAGCCCAGAGUGGAAGCACACGAGUGCUGGAGGCCAUGCGACGAGGAUACACACGAGAGGCAUAUCUGGAGCUUGUACACCACGUGCGCGAGUCCAUUCCAGGAGUGAGCUUAAGCAGCGACUUCAUUGCUGGGUUCUGUGGAGAGACAGAAGAAGAUCACCAGCAGACCGUGUCCUUGCUGCGGGAGGUCCGCUACAACGUAGGCUUCCUGUUUGCCUACAGCAUGAGACAGAAAACCCGGGCGUAUCACCGACUGCGAGAUGAUGUGCCUGCAGACGUAAAACAGAGGCGGCUGGAGGAGCUCAUUACUGUCUUUCGAGAGGAGGCUGCGAGGGCAAACGAGGCGAUGGUGGGCCAGUCUCAGCUGGUGCUGGUGGAGGGGCCCAGCAAGCGCUCUGCCUUGGAGUUGUGUGGGAGGAAUGACGGCAACAUCAAGGUGAUCUUCCCUGAUGCCGAGACCGAGGAUGCUGCGGGCUGCAAGGCUCUGGUCAGAGCCCAGCCAGGGGACUAUGUGUUGGUGAAGGUAACCUCUGCCAGCUCUCAGACCUUGAAGGGAGCUCUGCUCUGCCGUACGACCCUCUCCCGCUCUGCAGCUUGUCGUUGA